CGGUGGUGGUGGCAGUGACCGGCGCCGCCGUGGAGAGCCGGCUUGCCGGCUGACGCGGCCGACCCCGCCUCAGCUCUGCGGCCGUCGGGCUCACGGCAUGCCGGGAGUUGUAGUUUUCGGCGCCUGAGGGCUCGGCCAGGAGAGGAUGGGCGCCCCGGGGGGCUCUGGCUGCAGCAGUUCCGCUGGGCGCUCGUUCCCGCGACCCUGGCCGGGGCCUCACCUCACAUCUCCGCGACCCCGCCUCGCCUCGGCCGGGAGCCUCUGCCCUCGCCAGGGUCGGAGGCGCAAGCGGGGGCGGGCCUCUGCGCCGAGCGGCCAAUGGGGACUGAGCCUGGCGGCCGGGGCGUGGCGGCCCCGGCGCGACGCUUCGAGUGGCGGUUGUUUCAAGAUGGCGGGCGCGGCGGGCCCCUCCCUGCCCGGCUCGGCGUUCUGGAGCCGCGACGUUUCUGAUGAAGAACAAUCAGUAGUUUAUGUUCCAGGACUUUCCUCAGAAGGAGAUACAAGAUCAAGACUCAAGUUGAUAAAUCCAAAAGUUGAUGUUAAAGUUAAGACUUCCGGGGUGACUGAUGCUUCCAUCUCCAUGGGGUCAUUAAAAGGUGCAGGAGAUUCAGCAGCUGAACAGAAUGUCUGCAAGGGAGGCAUGAAGACGGCAUCAUUGAAAGAUUUAUGUCUUGAAGACAAAAGACGCAUUGCGAACUUAAUUAAAGAACUGGCCAGAAUCAGUGAAGAAAAGGAAGUGACAGAGGAGCGCCUGAAGACCGAGCAGGAGUCCUUUGAGAAGAAGAUUCGGCAGUUGGAAGAACAGAAUGAACUGAUCAUCAAAGAAAGGGAAGCUCUUCAGCUGCAGUAUAGAGAAUGUCAAGAACUGCUAAGUCUCUACCAGAAGUACCUAUCAGAGCAGCAAGAGAAGCUCACCAUGUCACUCUCAGAACUUGGUGCCGCUAGAGUGCAGGAAAAGCAGAUAGCCAACAGGAAAAGUACUCACCAGUCUUCAUUGAUGGACCUGGAUGGUUCUUACCUGAGUGUAGCCAAACCACAAACCUACUGUCAGACCAAGGCAAGGCCUAAGUCAGCAAACCAGGACUCAGUUUCAGAGUCCCUUACAGCAUUGAGGAAUAAUUCUUUGAAACCAGUAACACUUCAUCCUCCCAAAGAGCGUUUAGAGAGGGUGCCAUCAGAAACCAGAACAGGUACUUAUGAAUCUUCAGGUAGGAAACCAAUAGAUGUAGCCCCGAUAGAGAGAGUCCUACCUUCAGAAGAGGUGAAGAUGAAGGAAUAUCCACACCUUCCACCUGCAACAUUGAGUCAGUACUGUGGUCAUAAAUGCUCUGAAGGUGAAGAUUAUGUUCAUGAGAACUACCGUCCUGCGAACAUGGCCCCUCAGUACUGUAAGACACGCCCGGCGUCAUGCGGUCAGUGUGGGCUUUCCUGGCCAUCUCUCAUGCCUGGUCGAGUGACAGUGCAACCCAGUGAGACCGAUGUCAAAAAGCAGCUCUCAGAAGAUCGUAGGCAGCAGUUGAUGCUUCAGAAGAUGGAACUAGAAAUCGAAAAGGAACGCCUUCAGCAUCUUCUGGCCCAGCAAGAGACAAAGCUUCUCCUCAAACAGCAGCAGCUGCACCAGUCCCGACUGGAUUAUGACUGGUUAAGGACUCAAGCUAUAUUUAAGUCUCGAGAACUGGUUGCUGAUAAUGAAUUUACUAAACCUCAAGAACUCGAUCUCGAUGUGAAUGGUAGUGACUCUGGACCAAGUUUAAUGAAGUCAAAAUGUGAAGGAUGGCUGCAUGGAACCUCAUCAUCAUUUAAAAAGUGCCAAAACUCUCCAAACAGUGGACAACACAGGAGGGAGAAGAAGACAGUUGAGUUUCAGUCACAUGUGGCGGAUGACGUCCAAGGGCUAUGCCAACAGAACGAUACCUACAGACCCCAGAGAGAGACAGUGACAGGAGUUAGAAAAGAUGCAUCCACAUCUCCUAUGCCAACAAGAAGUCCUAAGGACCCCGUGACCUCAUCAUCAUCAUCCCAGCGCAACACCUCACGGUAUGAGACAUCUCUGUUGGAUUUGGUUCAGUCUCUGAGCCCAAAUUCUGCUCCCAAAUCUCAGCCCCAUCCCUCCAGAGCAGCAGGAGUGUGGAACACUUUCCGACCUAGCCCUCAGAAAUCUACCUGGAAGAAAGUGGGAACACGCAGGAGCCCUGAAGACCUGGAGGAGAGUCAGAUUCUGGAAGACAUAUUUUUCAUAUGACUCUGAAGCACAUGCUACAUAGUUUCAUAGGAAAUGUUUGAGUUCCUUUACAUACUGACGAAGGAUGUUAAAUGACUUGAUUGCCAAGCAGCUGAAUCUCUCCUUUCACAGGGACCUAUCUUACUGGCAUCCUCUUAAGUAUUGAAUACAGAAAUCAUUCUAACAAA